UAUAUUGGACACCCAACAGCAGAAUAGGCUCCUGAGAUCACUGCAACUUUCUGGAGAACCUGUUUUAGGGUUGUCAGUUGUAGAACUGCCUUGGGGAAACAAACUUCUGGGUUUAGCUGGAAGGUUCACAAGUCCCCAGACAUUCACAGCAAUUGUCCCCAGUAUCAGUGUUGCACUGCAUUGCACUUUAGGACACUGCUUGGACACUCCACUUCUCCCAGAGCCAUUUACAGAUAUCAGCCACAUAUUGAGUGUAAUUCUAUGUGACAGCAAUAGCAUUUUAAAAGUUUUCUGUCCUUUCCACCCUUAGUACAGUUUUUCAUCCACUCAGUUGUGCUCAGGCAGCUACCUGUAGGAACCUGUCAUAGAAGUAAUUUUAGUUGUUCCCUAUUCUAAUUACACACUCACACUUUCUUCUCUUCCUCCUUUAAUACCAAAAUUAUACACUGGUCUGUCUUAGAACCCCAUGAAGAGCCGUAUUUCAGGAAUUGUUCAGGGGACAGUGAGUAUGUAGCCAGGGCCUGUCAUUCCCAGUGGCACUGAGACAGGAAGGCAAAUUUGGAAGAGUCUCUUGGGUCAGUUUCCUCAUGAGAGCAGCUGUGAGGUGGAAUCUCACCCUCGAGCACCUGGCAAAGUUUCCAGGUUAUCUUCUGACCCUUCAAUGAGCAUGCCCCUUCACUUUGAGGAUGUCUCUGUUUUUUAUAUCCACCCCAAACAUUUGUUUUUCACAGACCAGGAAAUGCUGUUACUCUUGGCAUGGUUAUUUUUUUUCCCUUUUGAAUAACUACUCUUGAGCCAGUAUGACUGUAGCCUCUUUUUCCAUUAUUAAGGCUUCUGAACUUUACUUUGGCUCAUGAUCGGACCAUAUUGCCCAUAUUUCCUCCUCUGUAGAAGCUCAUCUGGUCUUACAGUUCAAACAGGGGGCAUACAGAGCCCUUGGGGUUACCAGUCUUUCAGAGUGACUUUUAUUUUGACUUAAUAAGCAACACACAGAAGAAAAUUAUAGUAAUUUAAAAAAAAUUAAAAAAUAAAAAAAAAAAUAGAAACUCCUCUAUCUCCUUCAAGUUUGGAAAAAAUGAGCCCUCUGAGCACCUGUAUCUAGGGAAAAAACAACUAGUCCCUACCAAACUCAGGGGAAAGUCCCCACACCCACAUGCCAUCACCACCUCAGUUCAAUUAAGUCCAGGAGCUUUUUCCUUCCUUUUCCCUGUGGGUUAUGUGCCUCAGCUCAGGAGUUAUGCUCCUCCACUGUUUUCCUCUGCUGGAGUUUUCUUGCAGAGCAAGACCAGCUGGCUUUUAUUUUUGAGUCUUAAAAAAGGCACUCAUGAACUCUAAGGGAAGCCCUCUCGUCAGGUCUGUGAGUAAGGGAAAAACCUAGGGAAAUAUGAAUAGGUAGUGUUUUAUUCUCAUGAUGGUGAUCAUCUAGCUUGGCUCCCUCAUUCCUGCAGAGAGUCUCAUAUCCUAGGGCUGAGCAAGAGGAUGCCACUGACCAUUUUUCACGCCAACAGUCUGCAGGUGGUGAAGAGGACACUACAAGAGUUCUUCCCAUGUCAAGGCCUUGCUGUGAAAAACAUGUACCUAAUUUUCAGCCAGAUUUUUGGUUUUAAUUUUGAGCCUCUGGUCCUCCUUAUGUUCCUCUGCUGGAGUAGAGAAUCUAUCUCUAUUUCACAUCUUCUUCUCAUGGGAAGAAAACAUCAAAGAUGGGUUGUAAGAGCAUAAAAAUGGUCGUACCAAUGGUCUCUCUAUGGUGCUCUGCUAUGGCCAAUACAAGAUCCCUAAGGAAAGACAUUGAGAAUCAAGGCAUCAUGUAGAAGCUUCCUGCAAGCAAGAGUCAAGGACAUCCUGAGCUGACAGUCAUACCAGUUCAUCACAUUCAAAAGCCAGUGAGGAACUGAUCCUCCACAAAUUACCUAAUCUCUAUUUGAACUCAUUUAUACUCCUGCUCUCCAUAACAUCCUAACAUCCUCUAACAAUAAUUACACUGUCUUUGUGACAUGCAAAAUGAAUUUCCUCUUGUUUGCAGUAAAAUUGCUGCCUGACCUCACCACUGUUUCCUUCAAAUUAGGUAAAAGAGAUCAAGCAUCCCAAGUUUAUUCAUUUCAAAGCAAGAUCCUCAGGCUCCCAAGUCAGAGAUGGUUUGGUUUUAUUUUUGUACCACUCUGCUAAAUCCUUUUCCCACAUCCAUUUUCAAAAUAUGGACACGUUCCAGUAACUUGUGCUGUAAACAGAGGUAACGCAAUCUGUUCACUCCGUGAGAUCUCAUUUAAUACAGCAUGUAUCAUCUAUCUCCCUCCCUGGAGCCUUGUCUUCCCAGGAUACUGUGUUAUGUUGCGGAAGUGUGAUUCCACAUACUUUGUUCCUCCAUGUAGAACCUUAUGUUUUAAUUCUAAGCGUGAUUUUACCAGGGGUUUUAGGAGGUAGUUACUUCCCAUUAAUUUGGCCAAAUAUAUGCACCGUGCCAGGAGAGGCAGUCACACCUGCAGAGCUGUGUAGCCCUCCUAACCAUAUUUUGUCAUUGUAAGACAUCCAUGAACAUCAGAAAGCAUUUAGAUGUUGAGCAGAUCAUGUGACAGCCUAGCACUGGAAGCUCACAUAGUCUGAAUUUCUAGGACACUUUCAUCUCAUCAGCAAAGCGUCUGAAGUAUUUACACAGAACACAAAAGCAUUAGCUGCUUUAUCUUCUACUCUCACACAUGCUGUGCAGCUAAAGAGAGUCCUUUGGUCUUUUGUGGCUUUCUGAGAAAAACCUGGCAGAGAAGCCUGUAAGAGUGGAGAGAGCUCUGCGCAGCAUGGAAUGUUCACCUCCUGUAGAAUGGGACCUGACACCUGCAAACAGAAACUUCUUAGCACCAGGGAAAAUUAUCAAUGGCACCAAACAAACAAACAAAAAAAAAUCAAGCUUAAACCCAUGUUUUCUGCAUGUGGCCUCAAUUGCACCACAGUGACCAGCUCCUGGCAGAACCUCCUAAUAUUUAGUUGGCUCUCCGUCUUGAGAAACCAGACCUCUCCCAGCCCUCCUUGUGACACAGGAGGUCCCACCCCUUCUUGGGAAUUUUGAAGUCCAUUUAUAGUUCCAUCUCUUUGGUCCCAGCUCCUUUGAGGGUAAGGAAGAUUUAGAUCUUACACCAAGAAAGCAUGCUGUUAUGUGCCAGCAUAGUGAGAAUGGGGGUAGCUCCAGAGCCAGAGGGGUCUCUUUGCAGUGCUAAAGGCAAGAACACAGCAAGCAGUGAUUAUCCAUAAUUGGAAGUGUUCAAGAUUUUCCUGAGCCUGGCCCUGAGCAACCCAGUCUAGUUUGAGAGUCACUCUGCUGGGAGCAGAGGGGUGAAAUAGAGACCCCAGAAGUCCUUUCCCACCUGAAUCUUCCUGUGAUACUGCGACUAACAAACAAGUGGGUUUAUUUGAUUUUGUGGUGUUUUUCUUAGUGAGGCAGUAGAAGAUACAAAAGGAUGUAGGCUGCUACCUGCCAUGAGGUGCCAAGUGGAGAGGAAAUUGAAAAAACAGCUCAGUUGCCACUACAUUCUGAAUUGCAGUCUGGCACACAAUUGUGUUAAUCCAGCACAAAUGCAUAGUGUUGCAGAGAGGGGCAAUCCCAUCUUCCCUUUCAUCUCUCCUGCUGCCUCUCUUUUGUCAACACUGAUGAGCAGCAGAGAAUUGAUCCAGCUGAAAACUAAACUAUAAAGGAAUAAAUCCAUUUUGAUUUACAAUGAGCCCUUUCAGUUUAAAAAUGCACCAUCUCCCUCCCUAGCAAUUUUUUGUUCAAAGUAAAGUGGUUGGGGAUCACCAAAUCAGAGACUUUAUUCUCUUCAGGACUAUUCUGGAGCACUGCUGUGCCCCUCCUUGCUGUGCCAUCAUCCACAGCAACUUUCCCAGCGAUUGUACUCUUCUGCAAAUGAUUUUUCAUAGCAUCACUGCUCCUUUAGUUACCCUCUACUUUUUCAUAUCUAGCUUUCCCACCAAGAAAGAAACAACAUAUUCUCUAUUUAGCCUGUAGCUUCCAGAGCUCCAAUGUACCAUGAGAUAUGGGCUCCUGUUCUCCUGCCAUGAUGCACCAUGAAAACACAGCAUGUGGAUCAGACCCACUUUUUCACAGUUCCUGGGGACCCAGGCAAAUACACCUAGAGCCAGACCCCUCUGUGCUCUGAGCAAUGCUCAUCCUCCAGCACCUGAAACAUGACAAAGUGCCUCUUCUCUGUUGGAGAAACACAGGUUGCUGCCCAGAGUAGAACACAGAGAAGAUUUGAGCCCCAUGAGCAGAAGGCACAUCCUUCUGUGGCAGUUUUUCUCUGAAGGGAUACUGUACUGUCAGUUGAGAGCAACAGCAGCAAUAAGGAUAUGAGCCUGGAAUAUGUGGAUUGGCCUUUCUCUCUUUUAUGGCACUUUCAGAGAUUUUAUUUGCUUGAUAUUUCUGCCAAUGCUCACCUGCUUUCUGGGCUAUCUUUGGUGUCCAGCACUUGUAUGUCAUCCAGCUCUGCUGUGGGCACUGGAGCUUCCAGUCCACUGGGUCCCAAGGACCCUGCAGAUGGUCAGACUCUUUCUCUCCAGGUACCCCGGGAGAAACACAUUUUGGGAGUCCCACUCUUAGACCAAGGUUCAGCUCCCAUCAAAGUACUCCUCAGCUCAUACCUGAGUUAAGGCAAUCUUUCGGGACCACUCAACUGCUGCCCCAGCCUCUCAGCAACACAUUAGGUCAGUGCUUGACUCCUUCACCUCAGUGUCAGUGUCACUGUAACUGAGAGCAAAGCUGGCACAUGUCUCCCAUCCCUCUUUGCUCUUGAGAAAACUCAGUGCAGCCCUGGGUUGUUUGGGAGGCUAUUGCGUAUUUUUUGAUUGGAAUAGAAGCAUGGACACUGCAAUGAAAAGGGAGUUGAAAUAUAACCUAGUUUGCUGCAUGGAUUUUUGUAUUUAAUCCACCCCACCCUCUGUGUUGCAAAACACGGAGGUUGUGGCAUCAAAAAUAUCACUUAACUAGGUAUUGGCCAAGGUACUGAUAGCCAUAACCAUCUCCACAGGUAGCUGUGAUGACCAAUAAGGAUUCCGUAAGUGUCCCAUCUCUCCUUGAGGACGAAUCUGGAGGUCUUUUGAAAGAGAAUAGUUACACAGUCCUCCCCGGCAAAUGCUGGCCAGUUAUAAGAUGCCAGAUGCCAAAUAUGCCCAAGAAUGCUGCAGAUUUUCUUCAGUGAUUAAAUCAUUGGAGUUUUUGUUAUGUUUUUUGGGGGGGGAGGUUAGCAGAAAUGCAGCCCACAACUUUAGUCAGAUCCCUCCAAUGUUGUUUUUGACUUUCUAAUUCAGGUUUCUCUGGGAUACGCAACUGAGUAUUGUCACACAAAAGGUACUCACCUUCUAGCACUGUAAAGAAAGAGACUGCAGAUUUGUCCAAAGACCCCAUAAAGCUACGUUUUCUUUAAAGGUGCUCUCAUGGGAUUCUGGGAAGCAGGGCACUGCUAGACUCUCCUCAGUGCCAUACCAGAGAUCUGUGGUGAUUCAGGCACUGCCCCCCUAAAAAGGACCCUUUCAAAAAAGCCUCCCAAUCAGGUAGCCAAUCACUCUGCCUCCUCCUAGCACUUCUGCAGUGGCCCAUUUUGGUUUUGCCCAGACCUACUGGGAGAUGGAAACUUUCUCUUUUCCAGUGCUCUUCUCCUCACUGCUUUUUGGGACCUGUCAUCUCAGAUGAAUGGGUCCCUUCUCCAAGACCACCCUCUGAUGUGUUGAUGUGUGGUGUACCCAGCCCCUGGGGAGAUAACAUGCCACUUCCAGGCAUCAUGAAGCAUGUUUGGUACCCACCCUGGACUUAAUUUCAUAUAUAGAAUGCACCUCUGUUUGGCACCUUGGUAAAAACUAUCAUGGCCCUUUGUGUGGGAAAAGUGGCUUGCAUUCCUCUACCUCAGGGAUGCCUAUUUUGAUGCAUUACCACAUUGUGCAUCUCACAGAAAGCCUACCAAGCUGUGGACACCAGCUCUUUCUGCCUCAGGGUUCUGCUGCUUGACCUCUCUGCAGCAACAAGGUGUUGACUUGGGAACCACUGCAUCUGUCCCAAAUGCCCAGAGAAGGGCAGCUCCACUACUUCCUCUCUGCAGCUGAGCUUAGAUUUCUUUUAGUUCCCUAAGCUUCCCAGUCAGUGCCAGAAGUCUCGCAGUUAAUCCCAGUCUGAUCCCUGAAAACCUUGUUGCCUGUGCAGGUGCCUGUUGGGUACCAACCUGCCCAGCAGCUCUUGCUCACACCACAUCCUUGCCAGACCUUCCCUUCUGUUUCCCCAGGUGUGGCUGCUUUUUGUUUACAGUUCCUUGCCAUGAAGUUAUUAGUUAUCUCCCAUUAGUAAGGAACUUGGUUUUGCCUGCUAUGUUUGCUUUAGCACUGGACAAACAGCAAUCAGGAUGUUUUACAUGAGGUCCUUCUGGCAAGCACUCUAUCUCGGGAACGCCCAGACAAGCUGAUAACCCCGUCUUCAAGUCAUGGCAUGGUUUCCUGGAUCAGCUGAAGUCUGAAAAUAAAUUCUAGAGCACCUGAGAAAGUCAGCAUAAAGUGGAAGAUUGUGACUACUUUCAGAUUUGAUGGUGCAAGGACCAAAACAUGAAAGUGGAAUCACUCAGAGAAAAACAUGGUAUUACAGAAAUCUGGAAACGCAGUGGAAAAUUCCUUCAGCAAGACUAACUGAAUGAUAAUGCAGAACCGUGUUUUCUAUUCCUAUUUUUCUUGGUGAGUGUAGUUUACAUCCGUAAGACAUGCCAAGAGAGACAAGAAGAACAAUGUAUUAAGGCUGUGCACAAGACGACUGCUGCAGUGAAGUCUGAAACCUGGCUGAAGCUACUAAUGCCUAACCAUGGACAAAGGAGCAUUUAGUGAGCUGGGCUUCUAUGUCCCUGCCCUUGGCUACUCCUGUUGCAGCCUGCCCCUCAUUCCCCAUGGCUCUGCCAGGGUCUCACACAUCCCUGUCAGCCUCUCUGCCCAGGGUACCCACGUGGGCAGUUCUAAGAUGUCCCUGUGCUGAUCUCUCUCUGGUCACUGUUAUCUCUGCCUCGGGGUCCCAUUCUGGGAGAUGACGAAAAUGCCAUUCGAGGGAGUCAGCAUUUAAAAUGGGUCGUUAGAGAGAAACGUCACAGCGUCUUUGCUAAAGAUAGCCUGGUGCUGAGUAAAACAGUGCCUCUAAAAUCUUCCUUUUACAACAUACUCACUCAGCAUAAUAACCCCUCGGCCCCAAACACCCCUCCCCAGUGCCAGUGCCAGGCAGCUCCUGUCAUUUUCCUAAGCUCUCCAUCAGUCUCUUGUGACCGCCUCUUGGGAAGCUGUAGUAGGAUGGGACUACGUCCUCUGCUUUGCUGAGUCUUACAAGAGAUAAGCAUUUCCUAGAGCAUGGAUUCCUUUAAAAGUGGUUUUGAGGGCUAGAGUGGAAUAGUGCCAGGGUGCCAAGGCUACAAGAGCAGAGAGAGUUGAGAUGGAGGGAGAGAGCAAUGAGCUCAGUGUGCCCCUCAAGUGAAGCCAGGAGAGGGGAAGAAGAUGAUGCUGGACUGCAGCAAUGUAUGUGUCUCCCCACCACGGUUCCAACUCCCUUCUCUCUCUCUCACCUUCACCCACACACUCACACCAUUCUUGCACUGCUGAUUUAAGGGAAAGAAGAGGUUGAUGCUUUCUGCUUGAACUGGUCACCACAAACUGUUUUUCUUGAACAGUAGGAAAAAAACACCUCCUGAAAACUGUCACAAGUUCUCCCCUAUCUUUGCUCCUCUCUUUCUCUCUCAUGUGAUCCCAUGGACUGUUUUACACAAGAGGGCAUGUGGGACCACUACAAAGCAGUCCCUUGGGGACAUGGAGGCACAUGAGGUUGCACCUGCACACCAAUCCCACUCCUCAGGAGGCUGGAGAGCCAUGUGUGAUGAAAGAGAUGAGAGCUGUCACUGCAACAGGGGUCUGCUGAAGCGAGGCAUAGCACUGGCCCUCUUUUAUCCUCCACCUUCACCACCCAGCUGAGGAAAACCAGAAAGCAAACAAAUAUCCUUCCACAGUUGAAAAGUGGCCACUGUGAGUCACCUCCCUUCCCCCAGCCUGAGGAAAAGCCCUAACACUUGGGGGAUGAGCCACCGAGGGGCUUGGGUGUCUGACACGUCACGAAGGGCUGAUUAAGUCCGAAAGAGUCAGAGCAGUGGGCUGCUGGAAAGUGUGAACCACAACAGUGGGGCUUCUCUGAGACAAAAUGGGUCCCAGGAUGAGGCACAUGGAUGGAAAUGUAUUGCCCUAUGUAAAGGUCAGCAGCUUAAUGGCAGCUAGGUUGAGCCCCCUCUGUGCAUGAGCUUGAGUGGGUUUUCCCAGAACUGCUGGAGGAGGAGGGUCCCUUCCUCACACUCCUCGUCAUGCCACAGUAUUCAGCCCCUCUUUUCAGUUCUGAUUCCUUCUUCUGGAUGCUCCUCUCUAUCUCCUUGGACCACCCGGGCUUUGUCCCAUAUUGGCCCUGGACUCUAGAUUGAUGAGUCGCAUGUGCCCUACUUGGAGCUCACCACAGACCAUUUUCUCAUGCUGCCUGUGAACUGACCAAUGAGAAAAAGCCAAGAAAUUAGCUCAUUUGGAGUAUUAAAGAAGGAAAGAAAAAGAAAAUGAAGGAAAAAAAAAAACCAAGAAGAAAGAACAGCAGAAAUAAAGACCAACAUGUUCUCGAAAGCCCUGAAACAAUUAGAGGGAAGCUGUAAGAGACGGAAAGAUCAAACCAAAAAAGGUAAGAGAUGAAAGAAAAACAUGAAGGGUACUUGCUGGGAAGUGUCUUCUACACUUUUUCCACUGGCUAUGUAGAAGCGAAAUUUGUAAGAAAAACAACAGCGACUCAAAGAAUUUCCACUAAAAGAUGCUUACAGCUGUGUCUCUGGUCCCUCCCUCCUCUGCUCUCACGUGCCUCAGGCUUAUACUGGUUUCUUGGUGGUGACGCAUCUUCUUAGUGAUAUGAGGAAAUUUGCUGCCCACCUGCAAUAUAAGGGCAUUUAGGGAAAUGCUUUGAUCAGAGAGAGAGAGAGACGGCAUGAGAGCAAGCACAUCCCACUGACCCCUCUUUGCUUACCCACCAACCUCUAGCACCUUCUUUGCCCAUGCCUCAUUUUUACUGAUCUCUUCAAGCUUUGGACCUUGUCAAGCACGAACCCAAGCAGGAGGCAGCCCCUCGCCUUUCCUGGAUGCCACCAUGAGGCUGAUGUCCCUGGUGCUGUUCCUCACCUUUGUCCUGCUGACUUUCAGUGCUGGUCACAUCCUAGCAGGAUUAGCGGAGGGUGAAAGCAGGGAGCAGAAAAUGUGGGUCAGAGAGGGGAGUUCAGCUGUGCUGCCCUGCCACUUGAGCCCCAGAAAAAUGAGAAAGAGCUUGAAGCAGCUGCCCGACAAGACAUCUGUGCAGUGGAAGAGGCAUGGGGGAAGUGUCCACCAGGAGUCACAUGUGGUACUGGAGGUGGGGUACUCGGGCCUCCAGAAGACGGCACUGCUCAUGAAGCCCCGGGUGUCACUCCAGGACUCUGCCUUACACAAUGGCAAUUUCUCCCUGCGGAUUGACCCCGUCAGGAGCGAGGACGCUGGGCUGUAUGAGGCACGGGUGGAAUACAACUCAGAGGUCCAUAGCUGCCAUGUGGAGCUGGGGGUAAUUACAGUAACCCUCAGUCCACCCAAUCCUGUGGAAGAAAAUGAGCUGCUCUUGAUGAGCUGCAACUCCAGCUACCGGGCCAGCCUUGUGGAGACAUGUUGGUUCCAUAACGGGCACCUGGGCCCCACCUCCAGGACCUUCUGCUCUUCGCCUGGGGCUCUCUCCAUCCUGCGGCCAGCCAUGAGUGAUGCGGGUUCCUGGCGCUGCCAGCUUCGAUACUCUGAUAACGAGAUAAUUUCUGCCACGUACAACCUGCAAAUUCUAGGUUUUGAUGGCCCAACCAACCCUGUGGUCUAUGCUGCAGCUGGCUCUGCAGCCCAUCUACCAUGCAGCCUGAGCUACCUUCCCAGUUCCUUUCAGAUAAACAUGGUGACAGCCCACUGGAGCCACCUUGCAGGAGGACACUUGCAAGACUGGGACAUCUUCCCGAAUCUGAGUAACAGAAGCUUCCCCCUGCAUCUCCCUGCGGUGGGGCUGGGUGAUGCAGGGCAGUACCGCUGUGCUGUCUCUGUGGGCCACAAAACAAUCAGCAGGGAGGUGACUUUGGCAGUGGUUACAGUGACUCCAAGUAUCCAAGGACCAGUUUCUGAGGGGAGUCGUUUGCUGCUCAUCUGCAGCCUCACACACUCCCGGGGACAUGAACGUUUCCAGUGGAAGCACCUUGGCUCAGUCCCCACUAAGAGCAAGCUGGCUGUGGCCACCCCUCAAAACCUGGAAAGCAGCAGUGCCCAGAUGGGACCUAUCUUGAAAAUACCCAAAGUGUCACAAAAGGAUACGGGCACAUGGGAAUGCAGUGUGUAUGGCCCAGAAGGCCAACUGGGAGAAGUGGAGUACAAGCUGCAGAUCACAAGUGCCCAGGUCUCCAGCCCUCCUGCUAUCUUCAGUGGGCAGGUUACUUUUGGGCUCACACUCACCCUCUUCCUUCUGCUUGCUGUCUGUGUUGUGGCUCUGGCCCUACAGAAAAGGGCACAGACUCCUGCCUUCUCAGCACUGGAAGGGAUGAUUGCAGUCCCUGGGCCGUGGAAGUUGAUGAAGGAAAACCAGAAAGGGAAGAUCCAACAAACUGAGUGCUGACAGGAGCAGGGACACCAGGGCUAGUCUGCAUGGGAGGAUGAAAAUCUGUGUGCCGUGCUGCAGAGAGAUGGGUGCCAUGCAGACUUGUCAGGGGGGUCUAGGGAUGGCAUGAACAAUGCAGAAGUCAUUGGGAGGUCUGUAUUUGCAGAGGGGCUGGGAGCUGCCUACCAGGGCAAGGCAAGCCUCACUGCUGCAGUAAGGUGGCCAGCAGCACAGAUGAUUUGGAGCUAUUGGGAGUAUUUGAGCCAGUAGCUAUUGCCUGCUUUAAUGCCAAAUCUCUGCCUACUCUUUGCCCCUCCUCCGUGGCUCCUCUCACAAUCUUUCUCUGGUGGAACACCAGGAUGCAGGAGAUGGCUGGAAUCUGUCUUUCCUGCAGCCUGAUGGUGUUUUCUGCCCCCCUUGCUCGCUUUCUUCUCCCUCUGCCCGCACUGCCCUGAUCACUGCCCUGUUGCAUAUUUUGAGCAUUUUAACUUAUUAGAAACUCAUUUUAGAACUGAAAAUAAAUCUA